UACGGGUUUAAACGAAGUUUUAUAAAAAAAAAAAAAAGAAAAAUAAAAAUUAAGUUUAAUAAUAAAAAAUUUAAUAUUAUUUUUUUUAUUUUACGGGUUUCCUUAUUUAUAAUGUUUAACUACAUAAGUGUUUAAUAAUAUAAAAAUUAUAAUUUAAAAAAAUUAUUUUGAAAUAAUCAUUACAUAUUAUUUGCAUUUUAUAUUUUAUUUCUGUUUUACUACUAUUAUUAUCUACUACAUAUUUGGAACAAGGUCAUCAUACUUGCAUACAUUUCCAUUUGAUACAUUCACCCUGUAUAAAUGCUUUAUGUAUUCUACAUUAUAAAUGUAUAAGUAAAUUUAGACUGCAAUUUUAUAUAGUACAUACAUACCUAUACUUAUACAAUACUAUUAUAUUAUUUAUACAAUAUAUUAUAUAAAAUCAAAUUAAAAAAAAAUAUUUUUCUUACCAAAUAUACUAUACCUACACAUAUAUAUAAAACUGUUAUAUAUAUAACAACACUAUUUAUAUACUUUAUAUAAAUAUUAUAUACAAUAAAUAAUUUAAAUAAUAUGGAUAAUACAAGUCAAUUAUUGGAAUUUACAAAAAAUUCAUCGAAAAAUAAUCUUAAAACAUUUGUAAAUCCAUUUGGUGAAAGGCCAUGGAUGUUAAAUAAUGGUGCAGCAGCUGCAGCUACUGGUAGUGGAACUAAAGGAUUAAAGGGUAUUAUUGCUGGUGGUAUUACCGGUGGUAUAGAAAUUUGUAUAACAUAUCCCACCGAAUAUGUUAAAACACAAUUACAACUUGAUGAAAAAGGUAAUAAAAAACAGUACAAUGGAAUUAUUGAUUGUGUAAAAAAAACUGUUAAAAAUCGAGGAUUUUUUGGACUUUAUCGCGGUUUAAGUGUUCUAUUAUAUGGAAGUAUUCCCAAAUCGGCAACACGAUUUGGUGCAUUUGAAUUUUUUAAAUCACAUCUUUGCGAUUCAAAUGGCAAUUUAUCAUCAACAUCAAGUAAAUUAUUAGCUGGUUUAGGUGCUGGUGCAUUAGAAGCUAUUAUUGCUGUAACACCAAUGGAAACAAUCAAAACAAAAUUUAUUAAUGAUCAAAGAAGUGCCAAUCCAAAAUUUAAAGGUUUCGCUCAUGGUGUUGGUUUAAUUAUAAAAAGUGAAGGAAUAUCUGGUGUUUAUAAAGGUUUAACUGCAACAAUUUUAAAACAAAGUUCAAAUCAAGCUAUACGUUUUUAUGUAAUGGAAAGUUGUAAAGAAUUAUAUAAAGGUGGUGAUCAAAAUAAAACUGUACCGAAGCCUAUUGUUGGUGCAUUUGGUGCAUUAGCUGGAGCUGCUUCUGUUUUUGGUAAUACACCAUUAGAUGUUGUUAAAACUCGUAUGCAAGGUUUAGAAGCUCAUAGAUAUAAGAAUACAUUGGAUUGUGCAUAUCAAAUAAUGAAAAAUGAAGGUCCUACAGCAUUUUAUAAAGGAACUGUACCACGUUUAAGUCGUGUUUGUUUAGAUGUUGCCAUAACAUUUAUGAUAUAUGAUUCAUUUAUGGAUCUAUUUAAUAAAUUUUGGAAAUAAUCAACUAUAUGCAUAUAAUUAUAUCCAAAUAUAUAUGUAACUAGGAAAAAUACUUAAAAUGUAGAUGUGAUUAAAUUAUUGAAAUGGCCUCAUAAAAAUAUAUCUAAUUAUAAUAUUAUGCGACAUGAUAUACAGGUGUGGUAUGUGAUAUUUUUAAAAUAUCGAAAGUUUCAAUUCCUAAAAUAUUAGAUAAAUAUUUUUCAUUCAUUUUAUUUAAUAUUUUCAUAUUUAUAUAUGAACCCUAUUGCAUAUUUUUAUAAAUAUUGAACUUGCUCAAUAUUUUUUUUAAAAUAUUGUACUAUUAAAAGUGCUUUUUAUAUUUGUUGAAUUUUAAAUAUUGGAAAAAAUAUAUAAAAAUAAAAUUUUACAUGGUUUUAAAAAUCGAAAAUUUAUACAAAAUGUAAUAGCAUAAAUAUUUUAAGUUAUAUUAACAUUAGGAAAAAUGUUUAUUUUGUUGUUAAUAGUAAAAAAAUAAAAAUAUUUAUAUGUACAAUCGUUUUACAAAUGUUACUCUAGUUUUAAAAUUAUAUAAUAAGAAAUUAAAUCAAAUAUAAUAGGAUCCUUUUUGCUAAUGUUUUUGUUUAAAUAUUAAUAAUAUAAAAUUAAAAAUUAAAAAUGCAUGAAAUUGUGUGAGGCCAUAUUCAGUUUUCAAAAGUGUAAUUAUUAUUUUUGCACAAAAGUUUUUAGCUAUUGUUGUAUUUUUAAAACAACGGCACUGUUACAAAAUGUCCAAAUUUUUUUUUUUUAAUUUUUAUAUUCAAUUACAAGUUAAUAGCUUACAAAAUAGCUUAAAAUAAAUUUUAUAUUGUAUAAAAAAAGAUUCAAAUAUAUUCAGAAUCAAAUUUAGCUUUUGUUAAAAUAUCGCCAAGCUAAAUUUCAAGCUAUAAUUAAUAAGAGCAUUCCAAAGCAGUAAUUUAUUUUGCCCUAGGUUUUGAAUUUUGGCAACAAAACAGUUUGUGUUUCAUAUUUAUUUAAGAGGAUUUAUUGAGAUUUUGUUAAAAUGUUAUGAAAAUUGUUAAAAAUGUUUAUGUAAAUAUUUGUGAAAAUUUUUAAAAUAAAGUGGCAAAAAUUGAAAAAAAGAAAAUUAUAUAGGAUGUACAUGCAUAAUAAUAUGUGUCUGUAAACAAGGAAAGAAGGCACAAAUGAUGUGUGUUUAUACUUAUACGAAAAACGACAAAACUAUAAAUAUAUCCCUGUACAAUUUUUUUAAUAAAAUUAAAUUCGACUGUUAACUGUUAUGAAGUGGAUUGAUUAUUAAUGUGAUCACAAUAAACUUCUACGAGUUUAAGGUUUUGAACUGGGAUAUUUAAGGCACCCGUAAUCCAAAAUUUGUUAAAGUUGCAGAUUUUUUUUUCUUCCAAUAUUUUAUGUCCUUGACUUAGGACUUAACUAUACAGCAAUAGGAUUUAAAAAAAAAUUGUCAAUAAAAAUGUCAAAAAGAUAUUGUUCGAAUUGAACAAACAGCAAAACUGGACCACUUUUUUUGUAACUAACCUAAAAUAAAAUUAAAACAGCAUUUCUUUUUCUUAUCCAAAACCCAUUAUAAAAAAUCAACCGUUUUUAUUUCUGUCAGCCGUGCUGAAUACCAUAUUCCCCUUAGCGAAAACUAUUAGAAACUUAUUAAAGAGUUCUCUUACUAUUAAAAGCUUACAUCUGAGGGGUUCUGCAUAUCUAAAUUUUAGUUUACUGUGUGAUUGCAUCUAAUGAAGCUAUCAAAUGCAAGUUUUAGUUUAUAUCAGCAUUCUAUUUGUAUUGACGCAAUAGUUUAAUUGCUUGCUUACGUAUGUAUGUGUCCAAACAAUAAAUUAAAGUUGAACAUUAAUUGCAAGACUUGUAAAGUUUUAUUAAUUGCAAAAAUUGUAAUAAUUUUAAAAUAAUGUAAUUAUCAUAUAUCAAACUGAUCUCAACU